AUGUAUGCUAAGAAUGAUGACCUAAGCGCAGCAAGGCAACUGUUUGACGGAGCUCAAGACAAAGGAGACAUCGUUCUCUGGAAUUCUAUCAUGUCUUCAUAUUCCACGUCUGGCCACUCUUUGGAGACUUUAGAGCUAUUCAGAGAAAUGCAGAUGAUUGGUCCUCCCUCCAACAGCUACACUCUUGUUUCUGCUCUCACUGCCUGUCAAGGCUUCUCACAUGCAAAGCUAGGGAAAGAGAUCCACGCUGCUAUCCUGAAAUCUGCAAGCCACUGUUCUCAACUAUAUGUGUGCAACGCCUUGAUCGCAAUGUAUGCACGUUGUGGUAAAAUGCCUGAGGCAGGAAGGAUCCUUCGUCACAUGGACGAGGGUGAUGUUGUGUCCUGGAAUUCCCUCAUCAAGGGAUAUCUACAGAAUUCCAUGUACCAGGAGGCCUUAGCUUUCUUUCGUGAUAUGAUCGCUGCUGGCCACAAACCCGACGAGGUUACAGUGACCUCUGUCAUUGGAGCGUCAGGAAGAUUAAGCAAUCCGUUGGUAGGAAUGGAAUUGCAUGCUUACGUGAUUAAACACGCCUGGGAUUCUCAUUUGCAGGUUGGGAACACGUUGAUAGAUAUGUAUUCUAAGUGCAACCUCACAGAUUAUAUGGGCCGUGCGUUUCUUAUCAUGCAUGAGAAAGAUCUUAUUUCAUGGACUACAGUCAUCGCUGGUUAUGCUCAGAAUGAUUGUCAUGUAGAGGCCUUACAACUCUUCCGAGAUGUUGCUAAGAAAAGGAUGGAGAUUGAUGAAAUGAUGCUUGGAAGCGUCCUUCGAGCUUGUAGUGUGCUAACCCCCAUGCUCAUUGUCAAAGAACUUCACUGUCACAUCUUGAGGAAAGGUUUACUUGAUACUGUGAUACAGAAUGAGUUGGUUGAUGUUUACGGAAAAUGCAGGAACAUGGCCUAUGCUACUCGAAUAUUUGAAUCUAUUAAAGGUAAAGAUGUUGUCUCUUGGACAAGCAUGAUUUCGUCUAGUGCUCAUAAUGGUCACGAAAGUGAGGCUGUUGAACUCUUUGGGCGCAUGGUUGAAACUGGUAUGGCGGCUGAUUCUAUAGCACUGUUGAGUAUACUGUCCGCUGCAGCGAGUCUAUCUGCUCUCAAGAAAGGGAGAGAAAUUCAUGGCUAUUUACUCCGGAAUGGUUUUUGCCUAGAGGGGUCCAUUGCAGUUGCUAUUGUUGACAUGUAUGCAAGCUGUGGAGAUUUACCGAGUGCACGAGCUGUAUUUGAUCCGACUGAGAGGAAAGGUCUACUGCAAUACACAAGCAUGAUCAAUGCAUAUGGAAUGCACGGCCGUGGAAAAGCAUCUGUUGAGCUGUUCAAUAAAAUGAGGCAUGAAAAAAUCUCGCCUGAUCACAUUUCAUUUCUGGCACUUCUCAAUGCCUGCAGCCAUGCAGGUCUGCUUGACGAGGGUAGAGGGUUUCUCAAGAUCAUGGAACAUGAAUAUAAACUGGAACCAUGGCCUGAACAUUACGUGUGUCUGGUUGACAUGCUUGGUCGUGCAAAUUGUGUGUUGGAAGCCUUUGAAUUCGUUAAAAAGAUGAAGACAGAACCGACCACGGAAGUGUGGUGUGCACUCCUUGCGGCAUGCCGAUCUCACUCAGAGAAAGAAAUUGGAGAGAUAGCAGCUCAGAGACUCCUUGAGCUAGAGCCUAAGAAUCCGGGAAAUCUUGUGCUUGUAUCUAAUGUCUUUGCUGAACAGGGACGAUGGAAUGAUGUUGCAAACGUGAGGGCCAAAAUGAAAGCAAGAGGAUUGAAGAAACACCCUGGAUGUAGUUGGGUUGAGAUUAACGGCAAGGUUCACAAAUUUACAGCAAGAGACAAGUCUCAUCCAGAGACCGAAGAGAUAUAUGAGAAACUUUCUGAGGUUACUAGGAAGUUGGAGAGGGAAGCAGGUUAUCUAGCUGAUACAAAGUCCGUUCUGCAUAACGUAGACGAAGAGGAGAAGGUUCAGAUGCUGCAUGGACACAGUGAGAGGCUAGCAAUUGCUUAUGGGCUCCUCAGAACACCUGACAGGGCGUGUCUCCGGAUCACAAAAAAUUUACGCGUCUGUAGCGAUUGUCAUACUUUUUGUAAGCUGGUCUCUAAGUUAUUCGGACGAGACAUUGUGAUGAGGGAUGCCAAUAGGUUUCAUCAUUUUGAAAGUGGACUAUGCUCCUGCCGAGACUCUUGGUGA